CUCCUUGAGAGUACCUGGAGCAAUUGGUUCCAUAGAUGAGCCUGACUGGAGAAUCAUAAAGCAGCAAGGUGUUGCAGUGGGCCAAGCCAGAAACAUGAAGAUCAGCUUCAGCUUGGGCAGGAUGCCUUUCAGUGGAAGCCUUGUUUUCAUCUUGGCCACAAUUCUACUUUCCACAUGUGUGAUAUCCAUGAGCAUUCAAGUGCCUGUUGAGAAAACGGUUGAUGUAGCCUCAACUGCGGCCAAUGGAUCAGGAGCAGAGGUUCCUAAAAAGGAAGGUGCUUUUGAGAAAUACAACCUCAAACCCAACGAGUUGGAAGUCGAUUCCAACGAGGUGGAUUUGACUGAAGAGGAUGAUUCCUGGGAUAAUAUUGGAGCUAUUAUACCUGACCUAGAAGUUCUGGACUCCCCACAAGUUAACGGAACAGAGGGAGUCAAUAAGGAGCAAGGAACUACUUUGUGGGGAUCUCUAAACACCUCAGAACCCAGAAUUCCUGAAGAAGAAAAUCUGAAGAUAAUUGAAGAUGAGGAAGAUCCUCUGGCUCUAUUAAGUCUUAUUAUUAAAAGAGCUAUUGCAGAAGAUUACGGAGCUGGUGAAUUAGAGACCAUCGAUGAGGAUGACUUUUCUUUUUCUGACUUGCCCAAGAUUUUUGAGCCUUUAAUAAAGGUUUUCUCCGGCUCUCCAAGAUCUGAGCCUCCUCCACCGGAAGAUUUUCUCUCUUGGUUUCCUUCUCUAAAGGAGCUUCUGGAUCCCCCAAGGGAGGAACCUAGUUCAGUCACCAGUUCACCAAGGAACAGCAUCACACAGCCAGCCAGAAGUUCUAGUCUCCCUACUUCAUUAGAGCCAUCUCUUCAGAUGGCCUCCGCCGUCCCUUCUGCUCAGCCAAAUGAAGCAGAGAACCUCCCCGUCCCCUCUUCACUUGAGGAAUCAUUCACUUCUAUUGUUCCAACUCUCCCUACCCCACCUCAAACGAGUGAGAAUUCUCUCUCGGAUGACUCAGAUUCUGAAGAGAGAUUUGAUUGAUCAGAAAUAUCAGCUGGAUCAGGAAUAUGUAGCCUUACUUUUUCUUGCUUUUCCUGGAAAUUGAGAAAAUAAAGACACCGGUUAAGGAAGAUUUUGAGGUGGGGAAGAAACACCAUUCUUAAUUUUUAGCUUUUUUUUUAAAAAAAGGGAUCUGAACAAAGCACAAUAUAUGCUUUGAUAACAAAUGCUUUUUUGAAGGGAAGAGGAAUAUGAUCUUGUAUACACAGCAAUCCUUUCGAAUUUUCUUUCUACUUAAGUUGGAAAUGUCCCUUUGAUGAGUACUGUUAUGACAAUAAAGUAACUAUAUUUCAGA